AUGGCGUUCGGCAAGCUUUAUUCCUAUCCGGGCAACCCCCGUACCACUGGCAUUCGCGCUGUCGCGAAGGCCAACAACCUCGAGAUUGAGGAGGUUGAGACCGACGUUAAGAACCCUUCUGAGGAGUUCCUCAAGGUCAACCCCAUCGGCAAGGUCCCUGCCUUCGCCGGCGCCGAUGGCUUCAACCUGACCGAGUGCAUUGCCAUUGCCGUCUAUUUCGCCUCUCAGAAUGAGAAGACCACCCUCCUUGGCAAGACCAAGCAGGACUAUGCCUCCAUCCUGAAGUGGAUGUCCUACUUCAACAGCGAGGUUCUGCCCAAGCUCGGCGGCUGGUUCCGUCCUCUCCUGGGCAAGGACCCCUACAACAAGAAGGCCGUUGAGGAGUCCUCCAAGGCCGCUCUUGCUGCUAUUGCUAUCGUUGAGAAGCACCUCGCUGACAAGACCUACCUCGUUGGCGAGCGGCUAACCCUGGCUGACCUCUUCGCCACCGGCAUCAUUGCCCGCGGCUUCGAGUACUUCUUCGACAAGGAGUGGCGCGAGAAGAACCCCCACGUCACCCGCUGGUACACCACCGUGUAUAACCAGCCCGUCUACUCGGCCGUUGCCCCCGAGUUCACUCUCCUUGAUACCCCCAAGCUCACCAACGUUCCUCCCAAGAAGCCUGAGGCUCCCAAGAAGGAGGCCAAGAAGGAAGCCCCAAAGAAGGAGGAGGCCCCUGCCGCUGCCGCUGAGGAGGAGCCUGCUCCGGCCCCUAAGCCCAAGCAUCCUCUUGAGUCUCUCCCCAAGGCCUCGAUGCCUCUGGACGAGUGGAAGCGCCAGUACUCUAACCAGGAGACCCCCGAUGCCCUGAAGUGGUUCUGGGAGCACGUCAACUUCGAGGAGUACUCCCUCUGGAAGGUGCGCUACAAGUACAACGACGAGCUCACCCUCACCUUCAUGUCGAGCAACCUCAUCGGCGGCUUCAACAACCGCCUGGAGGCUUCCCGCAAGUACCUCUUCGGCUGCGCCUCCGUGUUCGGCAAGAACAACGACUCCAUCAUUGAGGGUGCCUUCCUCAUCCGCGGCCAGGAUUAUCUGCCCGUUUUCGACGUCGCUCCUGACUAUGAGAGCUACGAGUUCACCAAGCUCGACCCCAACAACCCGGCCGACCGGGAGUACGUCGAGCUUCAGUGGUCGUGGGACCGCCCCCUUGUCGUCGACGGCAAGGAGUACCCCCACGCCGCUGGCAAGGUCUUCAAAUGA